AUGGCACAGGUUGACAAGCUCAGAUCCGAAGGCUUCAACGACAAGGACUUCCGCACCGUCAUCAUCAACACGGGCGUCGACUGGCACCACCCGCCUUGGUCGACCGACAAGUUCGGCUCCUCGCAGAGCCCGACGGGCGGUUUCGUCGGCAGCUACUCGAACUUGGGUCCCACGUUCGGCGGCGAGCUGAGGCCACAGUUCGGCGCCCCCGUGGGGAACGUCUUGCCGACGGACCUAUUGUUCAAAGACGGAUACACCGUCAAACUCGGAGACCUCCUUGUCGACCCCGAUGGUGGGUGCCAUCAUUGCGCUGGUGUUCAAUGUACGUUCACCAUCCUUGUUGUGCCUGCCGUCAUCCAAGGUGGCCAGCUUGGGCUUUCUCCAGUGUCGCUCGUAAGCGCGCGACAAGACGACUCCGGCCGAGAUCACCUAUCUCCUUCCAUCCACCGCAAAGCCGUCCUUCGAAGAGACGCGCGGGGGGGCGGAAGCACCUGGUCUCGGGGGCCCAGCAGGGCGGCGGCAUAG